AUGAAUAACCUCAACGAUUUUCCGGACUUGUCCACCAACACAGCCUUGCAAGAGUUGUAAGUGUAACUCAUUUGAAACGUGGGAUGUUGUAUUGAGGCUCGUGUCUUUCUUCAGUCAUUAAAUUCGUAUGCUUGUUUAUUCCUUGGUUGUUUCGUGUAAUCUAAUGGGAUGAUUUUUCUUUCAACUAUUUCUUUACUCAUUUAUGUAUUCAUUCCUUCAGUAACCUGUUGAUAUGUUAGCCAUUCUUAAACGUUUGUUUUGUUUGCUGAUAUCAAUUGGAUGUCAUGCUGAGAACGUUUUUUUUGUGUUUUUUGGUUUUUGUUUUUUUUGUUGUUUUUUUUCAUUCUAUUCAGAGUUUUAUUAUUCUAAUUAAUUUUAAAUGAAUUACAAUUCAGAGAUGUAUAUCAGAACAAGAUAAGGCUUUGGCGCCACAAUUACACUGCUUUGCCCAAGAAUUUAGAGAAGAUGUAAGUUUACAUAGUUUGCUGAAUUUGAAAAGACAUCCACUGCACUUUUUCUAAUUCCAUAUAAUUGUACUUCCUUACUUCUUUAUCUUGCAGAAUUCUCAUUGACAACGAGUUUGACUGGAUCCCUGAAAAGUGGUUUGAUCUGCCAAAUUUGAAAUACAUGUGAGAAAGCUGAGUUGUCCUCUCCGUCAGCAUGGAUCUCGAUUCUUUAUAAUGUUCCUGUUGCCUUUAUUGUCUUUUCAUGUAGUUUAGUCCUCCUUCAGCAGGAUAUGGCCAUUUCUGAAUUUUUGUCCUCUGUUUCUGUUACUAUGCAACAGAAUUCCACAUACUAUGCUGUUAAGAUAUUGUUCUAGUCACAAUGAUUUGGAGUGUAAUGAUAAUAGCUCGCAAUUGAUAUGUGUUUGCUUGAUUUUCUGUCCUUUCUUCAUUCUGUUUCAGAGCUCUGAGUAAGAACAAGUUAAAACGGUUUCCAGGAGCUGCUUUUAUCAACUGUAGAUCUUUGGAAUACCUGUGAGUAAGGUUUCUAAAACACAUUAUUUCUAUUGACUAUUUUUCCACCGCUAUCAAAGUACGAUCUAUUUAUACAUUUCAACAUUUCUGUUGUGGCAAAUUGUGUGGACGUGUAACCUAUAACUUUAUAGCAACAAGAAGAAAGAAAAGUCUUUUCCUACAACCGGUGACAUAUUUUAAGUGCGUUUGUUUGUCUCUUGGAUUCUUUCUUUGCUUUCCUCGUAACAGAAGUAGUAUAGGGACUUACCACCAGCUUGCAUGCGCGAAAAAGUGUCAAAUUUUGACCCAAAUUAAGAGUCCAACAAACAAAAUAAGUGAGGAGAGCAGACCAUUUUCCCCUACUUUUGUUUUCUGACUGGCAAAUGUUAUGCUAUUUUUAUUGUUUUAUCUUGAAGAUCCGUUGACUUCAACGAAAUAACGUCAAUCACAUCUCCCAAUCUGCAACCAUUUUAUGGAAAUAAUUCUCAGCUUCUACAUUUGUAAGUAAUAUACUGAAAAAAUUUUUCCGUCAAAUGUUAUACGCUUGUUUUCGUUAAUCCAUCUAUUCUAUCUUUUAUCUAUCUAUCCAUCUAUCUUUCUACCUUUCUAUCUUUCGAUAUUUCGAUCUUUCUGUCUAUCUAUCUGUCUACCUAUCUAUCCAUCUUUCUACCUAUCUGUAUUUCUAUCCUUCUAUCUCUCUAUCUAUCUAUUUAUCUAUCCAUUUAUCCAUUUAUCCAUCUUUCCAUCGAUCUAUCUAUCUACUUAUUUAUCCAUCUAUAUAUCUAUCUUUCUAUCUAUCUAUCUAUCUGCCUAUCUAUCUAGCUAUAUUUCUACCUAUCUAUAUAUCCAUCUGUUUAUCUAUCUAUGUAUGUUUCUAUCCUUCUAGCUUACUAUCUAUCUAUCUUUCUAUCUAUUUAUCUAUUCAUUUCUCCAUCUUUCUAUCAAUAUUUUCCUCUAUCUUUCUAUCAGUAUAUCUAUCUAUCUUUCUAUCUAUCUAUAUUUCUAUCUAUCUUUCUGUCUAUCUAUCUUUCUAUCUAUCUAUUUAUUUCUGUUUCCAUUUAUCCAUCUUUCUAACUAUCUUCUUCUCUAUCUUUCUAUCUUUUUAUCUUCCUAUUUAUCUAUCUAUCCAUCUAUCUUUCUAUUUAUUUAUUUAUCUAUCUAUCUAUAUAUCUCUCUUUAUUUCUAUCUUUCCAUCUUUUUAUCUAGCUAUUUACAUAUCUAUCUUUCUAUCUAUCCAUUUAUUCAUCUUCCCAUCCAUUUUUUCUCUGUCUUUCUGUCAAUCUAUCCAUCUAUCUAAUUUUGCGAGUUCAGACAUACAUGACUAAGCGCACGCGCAUUUCCUAAUAUAUUACAGACGGAAAAGUAUCAAAGGCCAUUAAUUUAUUUCAGGAACUUGAGCAAUAAUGCCAUAAGCAGCAUAGCCUCAGAGGCUCUACAGCAUCUGAUUCAUCUGCAAGUUCUGUAAGUAAAUAGUUACCUGAGAUUAGGCGGAAUGAGAAAAGGUUUGUGAAAAGGCUCUACAGCAUCUGAUUAAUCUGCAGGUACUAGUCGGAAUAGGACAGGAAGGCUUGUGGAAGAUACAAUUAAGUUAGACCUUCUGAGAUACGACAAAACGUUUUGAGUAGUUGCCGUUAGCUCUUUUUUGUAUUAACCAAACUGAAAGAAAAGAUCGUGCAUCUGAUGCAAAUGUUAAUAGUUACAAGUUUGAUCUAUUUGCUUUUUUUGUCUGUCAGGGAAUUACAUGAUAAUGACUUGGAACUUAUUGGUCCGAAGGUUUUCUACAAUAUACCAGAGCUACUGCAUCUGUGAGUUCAAUUUAUUCUAUUGAGACUAAAACAUGUGUAUGUAAAGCAAUAGAGCAAUAAAUCAUGAGGAGAGAUUGACUUAAAAUACAACAAUAAGAACACGCUUUAUAGUUGCUUUGUUUUUGUUUUUUGGUUGGUCAUUUUUCGAAACAGUUGAUGUCUAUUUUGCUUGCCUUACAGAGACCUAUUGGGCAACAAGCUAGAGACCAUCGCUGGACAAGGAUUUAGCCCUGCGUUCCAGGAUCUUCCCAAACUAAAAUGCUUGUGAGUUUAACGAACCCCUAUCCUUUAACACGCAAGGAAAACUCGACACAGAGAUAGUUGUCAUCCGAUUUGUAACCUGACUAGGAUAGCCCUUGAUAACGUUCUUAAUUUGAAAACAAAUUUAGUUGACCCACAGCCUUUCAAACGCCAAGCCUUACGAGGUUAUCAAAGUUUAAGUUUACAGCCAACAGUUUAAUCAUUACCGUAAAGGUGUAUCUUCUUCAUAUUGCAUUAAAUGAAGAUUUGAUUUCAUUCGACGUUGCUGUCCAAAUUGUCUUAAGGCGAUGACUAAUGUUGGUGAGGUUGCUUAUUGUUUCUUUUCCCUUUUUUUUCUUCCAGGGUGCUAAUGGGACAGGAUCCCAAAACACGUCACGUGAUGUUUAACUCAUUUGUCAAUCUACCUACGUUGGAAGACUUGUAAGUAUAUCUUGCAUCUUUACAAGUAUUAAGUAGAUAAUUCUCGAAAUAUUCUGUGUUCCGAAACCUGGAAAGCGACGAUAUACCGGUUAAUUUUCCUUUCGUUCACAUUCAUUUUUUUUUUUACUCUUUUGUUUCUUCACCUUUAAUCGUGUUUUAUCGUUGCCCCUUUUUGUUUGCUUAGGACGCCACUAAACGAAACAAAAACUGAAAAGCAGGAAACCAAAGUCUUAAGUCAGUGUUGUAAAAAAGGUGAAUAAAAUGUUUAUUUUUUCUCGUAGAUGGCUGAACAACAACGGAUUUCGAACAUUUCCACAUCCAUCACUAUCCUACGAGUUAAGACCUGCUUUAAAGUUUCUGUAAGUGUUCACGUUGUCAUUAAAAAACAUUUCGAAGGAGUCUGUUGAGAAAAAUGAUCAAUAAAUUGUCACCGGACCGAUUAUUUCCAUGGCGUAAAAAGUACCGCGUUUUGAUUCCUUGGAGCUAGGCUUAAGACCAAUUUUGUUAUAUUUUAUAAAGGGGGGACUUUUCUAAGGAAACUAUGUUUCUACAUAUGUAAGGCGGUAUAGCAAGAUAAUUUGAUUUUAUCAACUGAGUUGAUAAUGUAAAUUGGCCACCCAAGGAGUUUCUAUAGCUGAUGUUUCUUUUGCAGUGGCCAAUUUACGUUAUCAGCUCAGUUGAUAAAACCAAAUUAGUUUGUUAUAUUUCGUUGCACAUUUUAAUUGGCGAAAGGCCUUUUUUCCAAAGCCUGUCAGUUCUGUAGCUCGACUAGGUUUCACCGAACUAACCAUAUUCUUAGGCAUAUGGAAAACAACGAAAUCGAGUCGCUACCAAGUUACGAUAAAGACGACUUCCCGCCUGACUUGGAAAAUCUACAUGCGUAAGUAGCAUAUCAUAACCUCUUUUAAAAAGUAACUUUUUGAGUUUUAGACUCGUCACUUGCUCUAUCAGUGAUGUUUUCAAUUGCUUUCUAGUGUUCUCAAAGCGAAACACAAACCAUUCGAGAACACGCCGAACUUGGAAAAACUGUAAGUAUGCUUCUUUGAGACUUGCGCACCUUCGUGUGUAGAUUUCAGCGAAAAAAACUGCCUGGACGUAUCGAUGUCGAGUGGUUAUUUGGCAUUCAUUAAUCUAAGGGAAUCCUGGCGAAUGCAACGGAAGUAAACACACGAUGAACAAGCCUCAGUUCAGAAGUUGCUGUAUCGAUUUAACAAGUUACUGGUAUUAAAAACCAAUAAACAAACAACUAAGGAAAUAGCGAUGUCUGCAUCUUUUUCACUUUAAUUGUUGUCUUUGUUGUUGUCGUUGAGCUGCGAUUGUUUUCGUUAUGUUUAAAUUGUUUAGACGCUGAAAUAACUGCCUCUUCCAGGUUUCUUCAUUCAAAUCGCAUUCUGCGCAUUGCAGAAGAUGACUUGUGGAUGUUAAGCAAACUGAAUGAACUGUGAGUUAAUGAUGUGAGAUAAAGUUCAAACUAGUACAAAUCCGCCAAAUAAUAUUUUCCGAAUAUUUUCAGUGUUGACGUGAUGGGACGUAUCCAUUAGGAUCUUCCAGUAACUUCAAUCUUAUCAUUCUUUGCAUAUGUAGUGCGAAUUCUGGUUCAUCGAUGAAAUUUUGAAACAAUGAUGAUUAUGAGUAUGUUAAUUAGAUUUUGAUUUACUCUAUUUCCUUUAUCUAAUUACCAAUUUUUUUCAAUUUUUAUUUAGUUUCUUGAGCGCUAACAAACUGGUGAAUUCGAGUGUACAUCCGAAUGCUUUUAGGAAUCUCACAAGAUUAACAGUUUUGUGAGUAAUUUGUGACUUUAAUCAAAUAACUCUGUAAAAAGUAGUAAGAACAUUUAGAAAAAAAAAUUGCAGGAGAAUAUCAGGCUAAAUUUUAAAUAUUUAGUGUGAAACUGAUACGAAAUUCAACCUUCAUUCCUUCCAUAUUUGAGUUUGCUGUACAAAACCUCAAGUCAUAUGCAUUUCUCCCUUUUUAGGCAUCUUGAUUGGAACAAGUUUCAUUAUGUUCCUUUUGCAAUUCAAGGGAAAAGCCGACUUCCAUCGAUUGAUAGCUUGUAAGUUUACAAAAUAACGUUCAUCACGCGAAAUUUUGCCGCAUAUCAUAAUAUUAACGAAGGCGGUAUACCCUUCUUUUCAUUAGAGAUUUAAGGGGAAACAGCUUCACAUACAUUCUGAAGGGGACGUUUUCCGAGCUGGACACCAUCAGAUACCUGUAAGUAUAGAGAGUUUAUUUUUUCUUAGGAAGUGUGUUGUCUGUUUGCUGAACUGAAUUCUACGAUUUUGUUUUAUUCCCUUAACUUACCGCUUAAGCCUUACAGUUAAGCUCCAUUAAUUUUUCCAUCGACAGGCAAAUGCAAUACAACAAAAUCGUCACCAUAGAAAAUGGUGCCUUCAAUGGGAAUAUCAAGCAGAUGUAAGUGUCUUCUAUUACUCUUUUUUAUGAAGGUGAAGUUAGAGAGACCUAAAGGAUAUAAGUGAUGAGGCAAAGCUGCUAGGUGAUGAAUAAACAGUGAAGAACAAUCGUAAAACUCGUCGUCCAUGUUUCCAUCCAGUAACAGGGAGCCAUUGACUGGAAAUAUUUUUGGGAGCCACAGAUCAGUGUUUCCACGCUGUAUUGUCCAUAAGUGGUAUGGACAAAAUUUUGCACCAUUCAAGGUUGAUAUUACGCAUUGACAUGUCCCAAAACUAAGAAGAUUAGAUCAUGAACCAGAUAUUAAUUAAAUUGUAGAUGUAGGACUAUAUGAUGGUAUUCUUAUCCCAUGAAUUUAAUAACUAGUGUUUCUUUACGUGUUUGAUUUGCUUCCAUUUUAGACACAUGGCGGGAAAUCGCUUUAACUUUAAACAUGAGAAUCAGUUCACAAACCUGACCAAACUGACUCAGUUGUAAGUGUCAUGUCAUCUUAGUACAAACAAAUUUUUAACUAAAUCAAAACAAAGCUUGACUGCUUAGAAAUACAAGACAUAAGGACAAUAAAAGUUUCAAGAUGUGCUAAGGUAGAUUUAGUAUAUUUAGAAUAAUUGAACCGUGAAUCAAUACAUUCCUAACUUUUUUUUCCAACAUAUAAAUAUUAUUUUUUGUUCCAGGGGGUUGAGGAGGAACCAAAUCAGUGCUAUCCCAGACACAGCCUUUCAUGGACUUACGAGUUUAUCUUGGCUGUAAGUAUAACAAGUUACUUUAAACACGCGACUCUAAGUUCACCACUCCUGAACUUGACCCUAUGACCCUUGACCCUUCUUUACUUUUGUUGUCUUUUUUUGUGUGUGUGUGUGUGCGCGUUGUAUAAUUUGUGUUAUUUGGUGUUUUAUCUUUUACCUUGCUGGUUUACAACAUCGCAUGGACAGAGUUAUGUCGAAUCACAUAAGGUAUAAUACACCUAACAGAAGGGCACUCUAUCGCAAUUUGGGAAUUGGUUCUUGCAGUAAUCGAAAUCUUCCGUCUGUUUGCACAAAGUGCCACAUAGCGAUGUUUCGACACAAGAUGGUUUACAAAGCGUACUUGUUCGAUGCAUUUCUCUUUUCAGUGAUCUUGGUGAAAACCAAAUCGGGCGUAUCCUGAAGAUUUCCUUCCGGGACCUUGUCAAUGUGGCCACUUUGGAUUUGGAUCAAAACGAAAUAGCACUCAUUGAAGACGGAACUUUUGCAGGAGUAAAAAAGUUCAGUCGCCUGUAGGUGGAUUUCCCAGAGCAAUAUAAUUGUGUGUCGUAAAAAAUCGGAAUGUAUUGCCUUUGCUUCACCACGCUCUGUGACUGGUUUACAAAGUUCGCGCCAGUCUCUCAACCAAUCAAAUGCAAAAUUGAAACUAAUCGAGGUUUAGUCGCGCAGGCAGUUGGCUGGUUUCUAGAUCGAGCUCCUAUUGGCUCCUAAUUACAUAAUCAUUUCUUUUGAUUGGUCUUAUUUAUUAUCUCUAAAUAUCAUUCAACUGAGAAAUAAUCGAUUUUUAAGGGAGACAAAAACUAGAGAUAUGUGAGAAUAAACCAAAAAGGUAAUAAUGAUAGUUAAGGAUGGCGGGGAUUAGGAUAGAUAUCGGUUUAUAGAAUUGAAAAACAUCUCUCAGUCUUCAACUAAGUGCAUUACAUUUUACGGCUUAUCGUAUACACCCACUUUGAAAUAGGCAGUAUGUGGCUCGAUGUUUACAUGAAUGUUUUUCUUUCGCUGGUCGUGCCUUAGUCAACUGCAGAGGGGCUAAUGCUCGAAACCUCAACUUUUUAAGCGCUUUACAGAGGCCUAUUUACAUCAUCAAAUCAAUUGAUAAAAUCUUCGUAAAGGGAAGCUACUGUCAAACUUAGCAAAACCAAAAAAAAUAUAUGAGGACAGGUGACUGGAACAUCACUCUCCUUCUUUCCCAGAAAACUCCAAGAUAACCAGCUCACUUCUCUGCCAAAUGGUGGCGACUUUCAUAACAAACAGAUGAAUAACAUGUAAGUAACAUUAUUUUUUCCCUCAUUAACAAAAUGCUCUACGCAUAUCUUGUGACCACAUCCUUGCUGAUCAAAUGAUACCUGUUCGACGUUUUCUUCUUCAGUAAAUAGAUUCUUCACACACUUUUACACUUUUAUUUUUUAUUUUCUCACAUAUUACAAGAUAGCAAGAUAGAUAGCAAAUGUUAAUCGAGGCGGGUCAAAUUUUUUUAUUAUUAUUUUUCUUUUUUUUUCUUUUUUUACUGAAUAAAUUUAAUUACACUGGAAAUAAAACGGAAAUGAAGAAAUAUAACAUAAAAGGACAAAAAGAUACGCAAAAAAAAGGAAAAUGGCAGAUAUUCAUUGUAAAGGAGGAAAAGUCCUAGCGUUUCUAAGUGUACGAAAAUUAUUGUGUAACUGGUUCAAUUUGAUUCAAUUUUGCUGUGUUUGACUUUUAGCAUUAUCUCAUCAGGCUCCAUAUAAGGAUCUUUAGUUUCUAGAAUAUUGAGAAGAGCUCUUUUUGUUUCUUUUUUGAAGGAUUUCUUUGCCAAAUUUUUGUAUUCAUUAGGCAUCUCAUUCCAGACUUUGACACCAACACGUGAAAAGGCUUUUUUUUUUUUGUAUUUUAAGCCUAGAGUACUUAACGCUAAAGAUUUGUGACGUUGAUGAGCGAGUAUUAUAUGUAUGGAUGUUUGAAGUUCUCGUAAAAAGUUUCGUGAUGUUAGAAGGUGCACUAUUGUUAUGAACGUCGAGCAUUAAUUUAAUACCGCUUCAUUAUAUAAAAAGGUAAUAGGAAGAAUUUUCGCAUUUACAAAUAAGGGGAUUGCAUGUUCUUUUCUAUCAACAAAGUAGAUUAGACGUAAUACUCGCUUUUGGAGCACAAAAAUUCUCAAAUGGUUAAUAAAUUAAUGUUACGAUUUAAAUAUGCUCGUUCUUCAAUGGGCAAGACUGAGAGUGCAUUUGUGUGUAUUUCAUCCUAAUUGUUCAAUUUCUUCAGAAACUUCUCAAAGAAUAGAAUAACAUCGAUCGAAAACGGAACCUUUGUAAACAUCAGAUGCAUCAGCGGUGGCUGCGGUAAUAGCAGAAGCAGUAGCGGGACCAUAUGGUAAGUGAGAGAGAUAGUUGACUCAAUAACGUAGAUAAAGCCAAGACAUGUUACGUUUCUGCAACACCGUUAACUUCGAUGACCUUUUUUUGACUCAUCCAAGCCAAUUUCUCCAAACUACAGUACUUUGCAAUUGUAUUCUAACUCGCCCGGCCUUUUUCUUAUUUUUUCUGAGAUUCAUUUUCUCAUUAAGUAAUAUGUUCAUAAAUCAUUUUUUCUUGGAAAAAUCGGUGGUCUCAUAAAAGAAAAGUACGUGAUAGAAAAAAUGGACGCACACCUCUCGAUUGAUCAUGCAACUUACUAACUGUAACAACUGAAUGCAUGAGCUAGUCAUUAAUGAGACACACAAUAUGCUAGCUGGAUUUCCCAUUUCUACCUAUCUGCACAGCCACGUUAUGAUCCGUUUUCCGUUCAAUAGAGCCGCAAAUAACAAAAAUGUAACAACUCAAAACAAAAACCAAGAAAUGAACUUUUAAAAGUUUGGUAUUCUAACUAAAAUUGUGAAACUUACCAAUCCCUUAGGAAAUUCCGAGAAAACGAAAUAGUGUCAAUUGACAGCGGAGCAUUUCAAUCAUUUGAUGGUAGUGCUUGUACUCUGUAAGUAUAGAAGUACUUUGAUAUUAUGCUAAGUCGACCCAGUAUUUCUAGGGCUCAAGCUCAUUACAUGUACCAGGCUUAAUAAAUGUCAUUGUGCCAUCAUUAUACGACGCUAUCCAUUGAACUAUCUACCGACUCAAUCCUCAGCCAGAUGGCUCGGGGUUUCUUGCUUUUUCUUCCCUUAGAAUAAAUAGUUCAGCGACAGGCAACUGCCUUUAGUCUUUGCUAUUCAGUUGCAAUUUGAAAUACUAGGAUUAAAACAAUCAUUCGACACAGUCGACACGGUGGUAAAAUCUAUGGAAAUUUCUCAUAAUCUAAAGGUCAAUCCAGCAUCCCCAGCCAAUCCCAUGACCUCUCCUUAUACUCUUCGUUUUCCCAAGAAUAAUGGAAACUGAGUAACCUAUAGGCUUAUUUAACACAGUCAGAGCGAAAGGUUACAGCGUUUUAGAAUGGCCUUUAUUCUCGCCACCAUUGGUUUCUCAUUUUAUCUUUUCCUUCCUCGCAUAGAGAAUUUGGAGGGGCCAGCAAGAAAUACAAUUUGCUGAAAAGUGUCGAUUCUGGAGCGUUUGAUAAUGUGCGUGCAUGCUAUAUGUAAGUAUUGCAGAAAGAUUCUCAUUUCUCGCUAUUUUGUUGCCUUUUCUGUUUGAUGAUUGGUUUAUUGCAGAUAUUAGACUUUUUAUUUCACACAAUUUUUUUUUUAAGUCUUUUCUCUCUUCUUUUUCCUUUCUUAGAGACCUUAGCAACUUAGAGUUGAAAAAGAUUGCUUCUGAAUCUUUCAGGGAUGUUCAUGUUAGCUUUGAUUUGUAUGUAUCAUUAAUUGAAACCUAAGUGAACGAAAUAGACUUCCUUUCAUUUGUCAGUAGUGUCAAUGGCCAAUGAUUUGCAAAAGAAUCAUUGAUAUUCUGGCAAGGUUGACUGAUAUAUAAACAAUAGUUUCCAUUUGGCGCGAUAUUUGACUGAUUACAAAGUCCAAUUAUUCCCGAGUUAAGACGAAGAGACAAUAACUAUCAGACAACACUCGCAGCUUUUCCUAACCAUUUAGAUUAAAUAGCGAGAUCAGUGGUAGAGUCUUCUGAACAUUAGCGCCUGGGUGGUAGAAUACGAUGAUUGCAUUAAAACACCAAGUCACGAUCCUUGACUAACGAGAACACGAGCAUCUCCAUAAUGACUCGAAUAUGCCAGUUAUGAUUAAAUUUCGAUACGUAAAUAUAUUUAAAUCUAAUCCUUCCCUGAAAAAAAAGAUAGGACAGCUCAUAUAAUAUGAAAUAUCGACACAAGCUACUGUCGCUAAGGUAUUUACUAAUCCUUUUUACCUCCAUAGAGAAAUGAAUGACAACGAGAUAGGAACUGUUGAAGAAAACGCCUUUCUAAGAUUUAACGUCAGGCACUUGUAAGAAUCAUAUUGUGGAUCAACUGUGUAGCAAAAUUAACUAAUUUAUUCAGCAACUGUAAUUUUUGCUUACAAUGAACUUGGUGUAUGUUUUUCUUUACGAUAGGAUGCUUCAAAACAAUGCUAUCCAAGCAAUCACAGAGAAGAUGUUUGGAGACAGUGGUUCCACGAUAAGAGCAAUACUGUAAGGUCCAUCACGGCAGGUGUAGCAAGGUUCAUUGGUAGAAUCACCCUGACCAAAAUUCGCAUAAAUAAGUUUCUCUCAAAAGGACUCCCCUUUUUUGCGAAAUUUCUGUCCUUAAAUAGCGGUAAAUGGAGAAUCUCUGAAAUCUAAAUGACGUGCUUGGCAUAAUUUAUGCUUGCAUAAACGAUCAUCAAAGCUGUCAAUGGCAAAGUCAAAUUAUUUUCAGGCUUACAAUAAUUAAAUAAAUGGUUUUAAGGGAGUUCUACUAAUAAAACUGUUACACAAUUCUUCGAUAUGGCGCGUCUUUCCUAAUUACACCUCUUAAAGACUCAAGUUUCGACGGUAGAAAGCUAAGCCUUGUAUGUUAAAAAGGCCCUAUAUUCCACUAAUUUAAAUCUCUCCGGAACAAGUUUUCGCUCUGAACGUGCUGUCUGGUGAUGAUAAUAAGUUAUAUAAUAAGCUCAGUUAUGCACGCAUUCUGAUUGGUUCUCAUUUAUGAUCUUUUGGAGGACAGACGUAUAGAUGACGUCAUCAUUAAAACUUUUUUCCGUAUAUUUUAAUUCUUAAUUAUAUAAAACAAAUAGAUUCCAAGUUGCCGUGCGUCUCUUCAGUGAUAGAUCACAGAUGACGCACGGCAACUUGGAAUCUAUUUGUUCAAUAUACUGGACUAGGGACGCAUGCACCCCAAAUAUUGUUCUUUGCCACUCAGAAGCUCAAGUAACGCUUCGGUUUGUUCUUAGGGAUCUCUCUCACAACGAAAUCCAAACCCUUCACGAGGAUUCACUUAAAGGAGUCAAAGUCAAUGGGCAAAUGUAAGUGUUCGAGGAAGCCACCUACAUUUACUGUUUGCCAUAAACUACUUCUAUAUGUACAUACAUGUUUCUUUUAACUUAACCAAAUAGGAACCGAUUCAAACCUCGAACAAUGCGUGGAUCCUUUUCAUCUAUUUUGCUUGUUUUUACAGACGGCUCAGAAACAACAAGUUAGUUAUGUUUCCAGCAAAGGCUUUGGAGAAACAAGACCCAAGGGUCCUGUGAGUUCGCCCUUUUAAAACCUAAUAUGAUAACUUGUUUGAAAGAAAAUGCAUUACCUUUGACAUCUCUGGAAGAAACUCUGUUCGAACCUGAAAACUUGAAAAUUUCGAGGUAGUCGCACAACUUAGUUUGCUGUUUCAGAUAUUAUAUCCCUCUUUCAUUUUCACAUUUACUGUCAUCAUUUAGCUCUAUCCGUCCAUCCAUCCUCCUUUCGAUUAUGUUGUGAACAAUAAAAUGUUAAUUUAUUUAUUUGUUCCUAUGGUUCAAUCAUCCUCAGAGAACUGCGCCAUAACCAGAUUCCAUCCAUUCCCGUUGGUUGGUUAGAUCCAUUUCAAAACCUCCGACAUUUGUAAGCAUUUAAUUCAGUUUGACUUCCCGUUGUGACGACUAAUUACUGUUCAAAUCAAAGAUGGCAUGCACUAAUUGAUUUGCUCUUCUUUAUUUGGGUCUAUUGCUGUUUAGUUUUUAGUUUUUUUGUCCGAAACCAUUUAAGUGGCAAGAACAAUGAUGAAGUUAAAUAUCAUUACCGUAGUUAAGUCAUCUGGUGAAAUCAUGCGAGCAAAACGUGAGGUAAAUUCUUUGUUUGUUGUUUUUUUAGGUUUCUACCAGACAACAAUAUUUCUUCCGUGGAGGCUAACGUCUUUAGCAAGCUAAAGAACCUCGAGAUAUUGUAAGUAUUUGUCAUCUGCAGUUGUCGAUGCUUUGGGGAGUCGCCUAAGCCUAACUAGAGCUAUCGUAUUACAGCUCCAUGCCAAAACGCGUGGAGUGGUUUCUUUGAAAAAGAGGAAGGUAAUUCAGUGAAGAAAUAUCAUAGAGGCAUCCAAUGGCUGACCUCACGUAACUGUUUUAUCAUUUAAGAGAACUUCAAGACAAUAAAAUUAGCGUGAUUGAACCAGGAGCAUUCAAUGGCCUCGACAGUGUGAAAAGAUUGUAAGUAAUAACAUAGCCGCAUAAGUGUUACUGUACUGAGUAUUACUUUAUACGUGCGUCUUGUUCUCACUACCUAGCAUUUAAUUAUCACCACCUGAGCUGGAUUAGCCGUGAGUUUUAUUUUCCUCAUGUUCGUUCAUUACGUACAAACAUCGUCGACCUCUCUUACGAUGACAAUUUUCGUCUUCGCAGGUACUUAUAUGACAACCAGAUUGAAUUUUUACCUACAUUCCCUGCGAUGAAGAUUCUUGAUGAUUUGUAAGUUAUUCUGUAUAGAUAGCAUAAAUACCAGAAACGAUAAUAAUAAAAGUGACAAAAAAAUAACAGACUGAGCUACACAGCCUAGUCCAUGCCCGCAGCUUCCGCUUAGGAUGAUUCCCCUGACCUUUGCGAUACCGGUGCAGUGCUCUACCAACUGAGCUUACAAGCCAACUGGGAGCUGGUCAUAUUUUGGUUCAUAAGAAACCCAUCUAGUGAUCAAUAAAUGACGACUAAAAUGUGAAACCAUGUGUGUGAACUGCGGAUUAAUAAAUGAGAGGUCAUAGGUUCAACUCUGAAAGUAGUCUUCAUUACCACAAAGAUCACUCUCAUUUUAAAGAGCCUUUUGUCACUUAUAACGUAAGCUUUGGCUACUGACUAUUUAUUGCGUAUUUCAAUUUCCCGCAGAUCUCUAAAAAAUAAUCUUAUAGAGAACAUCGGGCAGGACUGCUUCUCUAAACUUCCCAAUUUACAAACACUGUAAGUAGCAACACAGCUGAAAAUGUUGAAGUUACUGUCAUGAGUAAUGUUACCCUGUGCCCCUCUGUUAGUGGACCAAGGAUAUCAUUUUUCAAAUUAUUAAUCAAUACUUUUUACUAAUAUCGAACGAUAAUUUAUUGAUUUCAUUUCAGUAAUCUUGCAACGAACCCAUUGGCUUGUGACUGUAAUGUUUAUAACUCUCUUACUCCGGUUAUAAACACUCUCACUUCUACAAAAGCUGCUCUCUGCCGAUCACCUUCUCAAGUAGCAAGAGCCAAAUUCUACCCGAAGGGAUCAUAUGAGAGCUUUUAUCGCCAGCGAUUUCUCUGCAGUAAGAUAUCUAAAUCAUAAAGUCCUUGGUAGCAAUUUUUGGGGAAUAGAGCGAGAGAUCGUUCGCGGAAAUAUUUUUUUCUUCUUCUUUGUAAGCAAUGUAAAUAGUUAUUUUCAAAACUUAAGUGAGAAAGACUCGAUGAAAUGAACUUCCUUAGUUUUCCGUGGAAUAUCAAAAAAUUUUUCUUUUCGAUCAUCGGCCCUUGCAUAAUAGACUAUGGCCGAUAACGGGCAAACCGAAUAGGUUAUAUUUCACCUCAUGUGAUUUCAUAUUACAUUUCGCUUUGUCCAAUGAACGAUAAAUAUGUUGGCAAAGUUCUGAAUCCUUGAGGAUCAAGACAGAAUUUACCCACCUAGCAAGACGCCAUAACCUAGGGGUUGAACUCCAGAUCGAAAGGUCUUUAAUUGAGCCCUAGCCAAAAUUGUUUGAGGUGCUCACAGAACGAUAUUUCACUCUCGCUAUACAUCCCUCCACCUGCGAUUAAGGAAUUGGUACCAACGAACUGUCAGCACAAACUGUUGAACGCCUUCUGGUGGGAGGAUAUACAAUGGAGAAGUUUCUAAUUCACGAGAGUGACAUUACUCGCAGUCGCGUAGUGCAAUGGAAAUCGGCUUCAAUUUUGUUCGAGACUUAUCGACAUAGUAUCUUAUUUGCCCCUGUUCAUCGAAGUUCUGUAUUUGAUUAGUUUCCUCACCUUUUUAUCUUAUAGAUCCCGUUAACGUAUCAGCUUCAGCCCCUGGUGAUUAUCAAUUGAACGUCACGUGGGACAGGCCGCAUGAACUUCACUCGUUUAUCAACUUUACAAAGAACACCACAACAAUGAGCACGUGGGAUGCUGUCAAGGUGAUAUCAUUAAUUAUAACAUAUUUCCACUCCUCCAUGCGCCUGAUAUAGUUUUUAACCUUUUCUUGAUACCCUAAGAGUUUCAAAUUUCAUGCACUUUUUCCCUUUAAGUAAUUGCUAUACUUAGUUGGGUUAUUUUUGUUAGCGACAAAUUAAAGUAUUAUUUAGAAACCUCUGUUGUAUUUUUUUGUAUAGACACUAAUAAUAAUCGUGGAUUAGUAAAGUGCUUUCAAUCCAAACCAGGAAUGGAUAUUUUUGUCCUGGUGUAACAAAAUUCAGUGUUGAAUUAAAAGUGCGAACAUCGCAUGCCAGCUUGGCUCACAAUUCUGAUUUGUAGUAACUCGUUGCUUUCAAUCAAAUGGUUGCGACUUAUCUGCCUUAUCUUCACAUGGCAUCCGGACAAUCCGUUUAUUUUUCUAGCAUCGAACUUUAUUAACUUGUGAGAGAGUCCUAAUUUAAUAGUUGUGUUUGGUCGUUUUAGAUUCAAAGUGUGAAGUAUUCGGUCACUUGUUUAAGUGACGAUGCUCCGACUUUGACGGGCACUUCGACGAAAAAGUUCCUUCUGUUUACUCAAGCCGACGGCGUACGAGCUGGGACCGAUUACACCUGUCAUGUGACUAUGACUGUAUCUGCUCACAAUGGCACUUAUUUAGGAGAGGGUCCCUUGGGAGCCUUGUGGACCAGGACGACACCAAAAAGCGAAAAAGUCUCGAUAACAACCGUAGAGGGCAAAGGUGGGCUAGUUAGUGACGUUUGGUAUACUGGUUUUGUAGCACCUGUACUUCAAGGUUACAUUUUCAUAACUUAACUUUUAAAUGGCUAGGGAACAGAUUUAAACAGACUAAGACAAAACAUAAAGAUCCAGGUAAAGUGUCUUUAAGCAAAUCAAAAACCAAACCAUGGCUCAAUUAAAAUUGUAAUUUGCCAAUACAUGAAUUGAAAAACUUCAUGAAAACUACUCAACUGGAGAUUACCCCAUGCAUACGUUGAUCAUGAUAAUAUCUUUGGUUUACCCAUCUUCCACCGAUGGUGAUGAAUUAAAAGUAACUUCAAAGAUGCUGACCAGUAUUAACCUCUUCCUUGUACCUUCGACCAUGUUCAACACUAAUCAAUUAUGAAAAGAUUAACUAAUGGCCCGCCACAAGUUUUUCAGGCUUCGUUUCAUCUCUACACUUGCAGCUCUGGUGACCAACACGACGGCCAACAAGACUAAUUACCUCUUAGAUGUUACAUUCUAUGACUUCAGGUAAUGAAUAAAUCAAUAUUGUACUUUGGAAAUUGGUCUAAGGUUAGCGUAUUUGAACCUAGCUUAAAUAGAGGGCUCGAUUAUUGAAAGGGCCCUUUACUUUCUACUCCUCGAUGAUGAAAUUUUGAUAUAUUAUGUCUCCCAAACAGAAAUGAUAUUUUCCCUUACUUUGUUAGCGAAUAAUUUUUUUAGUAAGUCCUUAGUUCAGUUACAAACCUCGCUUGAUUCUUUUUACUUAAUGUUACCUCAUUACUUUCAUUCAGCUAUGAUAUUUUAUGUAAUUGAGUAACAAAAUUAAUUCACUGAAAUAUGCAUACAUAUUUGGAAUUUUGUAUCUUGUAUAACAGAGCUGCUGAUGGUGAUUUCGUUGGGAUCCCUGAUAAUUACCGUGAGAUUUAUAACAAUCCAAGAUAUAUUGCGAGCCCAUAUGGCAGCUGGUUAGCCAUAUCUUUUGAUCCAACCAGAGACAGUUUCUCAGACUGGUUUAGAUCCGAGUCAUUAAGAAACCGACAUUACGAGGGAAACUUGGAAUUGAAAAAACAGUGGGAGACAGACUCAAAUGGCAACUCAGUGUUUAGGUAUUUCAACGACAAGUUCUUCCCAGUCGAUGGCCGCGGAUGGGGUGCUGAAGGUCAGCGGGACUGCCACACCAAUGCUCUCAGGAACUAUGGGUAGGUGGCGUAUUGAUGCGUAGUAUCGCCAAAUAUUUUAUCGAGUAGUUCUAAAAUUGGCUGAGCCCGCGUGUUUUCAAUCACAAGUGUGUUGAUUGUUUAUUUACAUCAGCUAUAAUAUAUUUAUUCACCAUUUUCAUUUUGGUAUGCAGUCACCUCGCUACCAGGAAGACUCGCCUUCAAUAUGUAAUCGAUCUCGCAACCAAGGCACCUUAGUUCGCCACCAAGUAAUAAAAGGUUGUUCAACUUACCCGGGUAUUUCCUUUGUAAGUCGAGUUAGACUGGCUUGAGUUGACGUGUCAUUUUAGAAUACUGAACUGAUUCCACCCGGGACACUCGCAGUCCAAACUAUAACCCAAAGAAAUAACAACGUUUUGACCUCUGUCGUGUCAGUUCUUUUUUGAGAGAAAUAAGUACACUUUACCACUUUUUUAGAACAAAACACUUGACAUUUCUCCUAGAUUCACAGCUGCGAUUCGUUCAACCUUUAACUUCACGGGUCAAGAAAAUAUGGCUUUUGCAGGUGGUGAAGAGUUGUGGGUUUUCAUUAAUGGUUAUCUGGCAUUACAAGUUUUCCACAAUCCUCUUAACGGGACAAUUCCGUGCGCGACAAUCUAUCUAUCCCCCGCUAAGGAAGGUACAUAGAAUGCAUUAGAUCUUUUAACAAAUACGUUGACGUCGAAAGGUCAUAGGUCAGAACCUACAUUUCUCAACUAUUUGAGGUUAUACUUGUGCUUUUAUCGCUCAUGUUGCUUUAAACAGUUUUUCAUUUCAUAUUAUCGAUAUUACAUUUGCUGACCUGAAACUAACCAUAGCUACUCUAAGGUGGGUCAAUAUUUAGGAUUAAAACAACUUACGAACUAUCUUUCUCCUCUAAAGCUCUUCUCUAGUUUUUCAAUUCAGAGCGUUUCAUUCGCAUACUUCGUUAGAGCAUGCUACACCUUUAUCCUAACUUCAAUCAAAGCUGUCAUUUUGUCUUAAAGGGAAAAGCGAGGUUGUUCGAAAACACGGAGUCAUUGUCGGUGACAAGUGUCAAGAGUCAGGAUAUCUCACACCACAAGCUUUAAAUAUGACAUUAAGAGUAAGUUAGCAGGAACAAUCAGCGCGCUUGUCAUUUUUAUUAUACACAAUAAAGCGAUGGACAGCAUGUAAUAUCUUCAAUUUAACUUCACUCCCGUGACGUUGUGUUUUUUUCCGCCAUUUUAGGUAGGUGAGCCUUACCGUCUGGAAGUGUUCGUGGCUGAACGAUUCAAAUGUGACUCCGAUCUCUUUUUUCAAACCAGCGGAGUUCAGUUCAUUCGACGAUGGGAUAUGACUCUUCCUGUUGGUUACAUGUCUGAUAUCAGUGAGAAUCUGCAUGUUGGUGGUUUGGUUCAGGUAUUGUGUUGUUACAUUCACCCAUUUACCAACAUAAGAGUAGAAUUUGCACUCCAUAUGAUCGAUUUGAACCAUAGGUAAAUAAAUCCUGUUUGGACUUUUCUUGUUUGCGAUAGGUUAAGAACUUGAAACAGUGCCAUAUCUUUUUUCUACACACAGGAGUUUCAAGUGUCCGAUGCCUUUUCUGCUGGACCGUACAAGGUGGAAAUUAUGUCCGGAAAUGAGCAACGCAGAUUUGACGUCAAAGAAGGAACGUUCAUCCCACCGUCCUCUCCAACUAUAGCAGAACCUCCUUCGUUUGUAUUAGACAAUGAGACAAUCUACUUAUGUCCAAAUGCAACUGCAAAUGUCACUGUUCGACCCAUCACCAGGGCUCCUCCAGGUUUGUAUUGACUAGAAGUAGAACAAUUCUACGACGGUCAACUUGGUGAGAGAGAGAAUUUGCCACGUAAAGAGAUGGCCGUCAUGGAGAAGUAGUCGUGCGAUGUGGCAUCUGCUCUUUUGGGCGGUCCAAGCGGCAAAUUUAUCUCGUACAAAAUGCCUUUUGUAGAAUAAAAACGCACACAAUCCAAAUGAUCGUUAGUAUUGCAAAAUUUUACUUUAUUUUCGGUAGGGGUUGUGUUCUUGAACGAGCUUGUACACUGAAGCCAUUAGGCGUUCACUAGGAUAGUUAAAAGAGGCCAUAUUUUUUAGAUGUGACCGCAAAUGUAGUUUCAACUGUACCUUAAUUCAGUUUGCAACUAAAUCAGGUCUAUCUCUUUCUUAAGUUGACGUUUUAUCAAAUUCAAGAGGCAAAAUGAACACGUAGGGUGUGGUUUCACAUAGGCCUCUUACCACUACUUAUGAGUUUUGAUAUUUGUGUUCAUCGUAGGAAUCGAGACUUUUACUAUAAACAGUUCGACUGCUCAGUUGAUUCUUAACUCCCCAUUGGACUACGAGCAUACAACAAGUUACUUAUUGACCUUGAGAAUCACAGAUACGGGAAAGUUAGAAGAACCCUCUGGAAAUAUCACGAUCAGGGUAAAUAGCAAAUUUUUAGACUUUUGUAAUAUUACUUUCGAACUGGAAACGAAGUAAUUUCAUUAUUCAACAAUUAUUCAACGAUCGCGUUGAGAUUAUGGUUUAAUAAUCCCCUGGACUUUCGUACCGUAUUCACUGAGGCUGAAGCAAAUAAUUAUUUUAUUUUGAUUGCCUAAAUGCUUUCGAAUUCUUUUCUAAAUUCUGUAAAAAAAAGAAAUAAUUGCGCAUAUUUUGUUACAAUUCUGUUGAUAACUCGUGUUAAGAUAAGCAAGCAAUUUUAACAUAUUUAUUUAAUUCAAUCUGAAAAUGCUUCACAUCUUUCCUUUAAAAAGUGUUCAGCCAACUCGCUAAUAUCUUUUGAGCUUUUGCAAUUGAAUUGAAUUUUCUCCUAUUACGUUUAUCACUUACUUGGAAACAUUGAAAGGACGCGUAGCAGCCACUUUGAAAUUUAGUACUCCUUCUGCUAUAAUCACCUCGCGCGAGGUGAAUAUAAUGAGAUAUGGCCGAUCAAAGUGCUUGCAUCUCUAUGAUCACCUAAACAAUUAUACUAAACGUAUUUAAAUAAAGAAGCUGUAUGCAUGCGGAAAAUAAUUUAAGUAAGAUACUGUUUUACAUGGCUGCACGGAUAACUCAUGGCGAACAUUGGAGCAAAGAGAAGCAAAGAGGUAAAAAAAGGUGUUAAGAGAGAAAUCCGAUGUAGAGAAGGAUGAUUUUCGUCUUGUCAAGAAAAGACAAAAAUAUUUUGAAUAACCACGUGGAAUCGUACCUCAGAUAUCUGAAUUCCGCACUGCGAUCCUCACUCUGCUGUGAGUUAGGCUAUGUUUUGGCUCAUGUGUCACACGCGUUCUGCUAGGAUAAGCAAUUUUGAGAACUUCGUGUACGAAAAUAAAGUAAGAAAGGGAGUACAUGUUCUUUUCCUCUUUAGGUUUUCGUUUUGGACUACAACGAUCACUGCCCAGUAUUGCCAAAUGUCAAUUACGACCUUAAACCUAUCCCUCCUCUUCAAAGGGCAGCAUUCUUUGUUGCCAUGGCACAAGAUGGAGACAGUGGAACCAACGGACAGAUUACAUACAAGAGAAGUCAUAUCCUGGAAGCAAUGUAAGUGAAGAAAUCAUUUUAAACUGAACGGCAUUAAGUUUUUCACUCCAUGGUUAUUCUACGGGUCAACAAUUGCGAGAUACAAAUGGCUGGAAAGGUGUCUUAUUUCAAGGUCAAAUAUCGAGAAACAAUUUAAAAUAAAAGGAGUGUCCAGGUCAAAUGUCUUCCAUCGGCUAGAAAAGAAUAGAAGCCCAGAACUUAAGCCUUUUGAAAAAUUAGGUGGUUAGCAUUGUGUCCCGAUUCGAUCUUCUGACGCCCUGAAAAUUGAUGAACACGACGAAAAGCUCAAAUAUCUUGACUUGUGAAACAGGAUUCUACAUUCCUACCACCCCUUCCAUGCUUGACAUACAAAUAAUUUAGUCACACGAAAUUGUUAACUCAUCUUCGCAAGAGGGUAAGGCAGGAAAAAUGCACUGAUAGCAGCCUUUUGCAUCAUUCUUGACUAUGUAUCAUCAACGGCUUAUUGAUAUUAUUUUGAUUUACUGUUCGUUUUUUUAAUUUCACAAAGACCUCGAGUUGAGGCCACGCGGUUUGCAAUCAAGAAUGGCUCGGCAUAUAUCUGGAGUAACAAAACUAUCGAGUGGACCUAUAAAUAUUUCAUAUUUGCUGUGGACGGAGGAACUCCAAAACGAGGAGACAGAAUACCGCUGACCAUAACAUUCAAUGCUACGUGCCAAGAAACUGGCGGGAUUUUUGUUAAUGCAACGAGUGGCCAAGUAUUCUUCAGGGCGCCGGGAAUGACGGGAUCAGAGUAUCGUGAGUUACAAUAUCAUAACAGUAUUUUCGACUGUUAUUUGGAAACUUGCUCUACGCCGCCACUCUCUAAACUAAGGGCUUUUUAGUGGCCUUUGGUGUUCAACCUGGUUGAAUUCCGCUACGCAUGUCCAGUCUGAUUUUUCGUAGACACCUUGUGAUUCUUUUCUUUUUUCCUGAUCGGCUGUUUGCUAUGAUUAUCAUAGAUUGUGUCUCAAGAUCUCAAGCAUUCUGAAUGACUUCUCUUUUCCGUCAAAUUAGUUAAAUCGUUCUUAUGUUUGCAUUUAACGCGGUCAUUGUUGCUUUUUGUUAUAAAAAUGCCACUAAAUUAAACCUUUAAAUUAAGACUUUAAAAAAUCUCGCCCUUUUCUCUUUUCAGCAAGAAAUUCAACCACGAAACCGAAGUGCCGACGCUGUAGAACUGGGUACUACUGUGUUGGCGAUGGAACCGAGGAAAAGUGUGGAAUAAAGUCGCCGACGGAAUUUUCGUUUGGAGGAGCAACAAAUUGUAGUUCAUGUUGGGAAGGCUGGGUAAGAAUGAAAUCACAACUUUUAUGCUUGUAAUAGUCGAUAAAAGAUCGAGCAGGAAAAUAAAUCACGUCUUAUCAUUAAAUAACAACCUUCAAUGCAACCUUUCGAUAUCUUGAGUUGUACACCACAAAAGAAAACAAGGGUAUGGAGAAAUGAGAUUAACCCAGUGAAAUGUGAGGUUGGAAGAUUUAAGCAAAGCUUCUUAGUAUUAACAGGCCGCCAAGGUGAUCAACCUUCUCGGAUACAUACGUUUGUCAUUUCUGAAGUGCUCAUUCUUUAUAAUCUAUUUUUUCCAGUUAUGCCACAACGGUAGUGCGUUGCCCUGCCCACCAAACACUUAUGUCAAAUGCAACGAAACGGUAAGUCUAGCACACUGCAUCAAAUGAUAUCAGAGCAAGUGGUCACCUUCCUUAACGAGAGGGGAAUUGCGUGCGUCCCCUUAUCCUUUAAAAUAGUGUAAGACAGUGCUAACCUGAUCUACACAAAUUUAUGCGGUGACAAGCUGCUCAGGAUGGUUGUGAUUAAAUAUUAUGUACAAUGUUCGAGUUAGAAAUUUCCACACUUUCUUGAAAAAUGUUGCAAGGUGCCAAACGUUUCCAACAAUAAUAUUUUUCCAAAUAGCUAGACGAAGAAAUCAUCCUAAGAUUGAAGGCUUUGUUCGUACGCUGGCUCAGGUGUAGGUUAUAUCGAAAAUGUCCGUAGUAUAACUCAGUGGUUGAGGAUAAUCGGGAAAGUUCAUCGAAAAUAUCAUGCUAUCUCUCCAAUUGUAGUCGUGUCCAGAAAAGUGCUACCCCUGUGAGCCUGGCACAGUUUGUAAAGCAGGAAGACAGUACGAGUGUCGACCCGGGACAUACAGUGAUGGAACAGGUGGGCUUAGUGAUUCCGGUGUAAAUCACAUACUGCUGAAACGCAAGAAAAUUGUAAUUCAUUUGAUAUUUGGAAAUUUGAUUUUGUUGGUGUCGUUGUUGCUGUUAUUGAUGUCUGAGUGUGAAUUUUUUCUCUUUCUUUCGCCUUUUUUUAAUCAGAGGAUGUAACUUUUUUCAUUUGUCAGGAUUUCCUUGUAAGCUAUGCCCUCCAGGAAGCUACAACAACAAAACGCGGGCAGAAACUUGUUACUGCUGCCCUCCUGGCUACAGCAGCACUUACAUGAAGACAUCCUGUCGAGCGUGCCCUGCUAAUGAAUACGCUGAUCAGGGAAACUUUCCAAACUGCACACUGUGCAGGUCCUGCUUCACAAAAGAUUCGUGUAAGUUGAACAGAGUGUUACCGUGAUCUUUUUUGAUAACUGACUUUUAUUGUUCUACUUUAAAGAAGAGUAUCGAUCGGUUCCUUGUAUGUGACUGAGAUUUGACGGCCUACAUACCUGGUUGGAGCUGUUUCCAAACGCAAAUCUCCUUUUUGUUUUUUUCUGUUAUGCUUUAUUUUCAGGUUGCGGUGUUUUUUUCUUUUUUUUUUUCAGUAGUUCGUGUAGCUAAGCAACGCAUUAUAAAGGGUGGAGAGGCUAAAGAGACCUCAUUUAAAUCAUAUUGCUGUGUGGUUUUAAACUGUCCUCCACGCACCUAAAUCUUGUUGAAUGACGAAAAACUCAAGUCAUUUAAGCUCAGGGCACAUCAUGUGCGAUCUCAAAAAGUGGAUGUAACGUUUCGUAGCAGUUGCUUGAAAUUGGCUCGGCUCUCUUAUUAUCAUUAUUAAAGGAUACGAAUUCAAGGUCUUUACGAGCAGCUAGUAUUUAUAUUAUUUUUCAAUAAAAGUUCCUGUGGUGUUGAUUGCAAAUAGGCGCCGAACUUAGUGUUGAUUAUGUAUUGUUAACUUGCGAAGAAUCUAUUGUGGUCAUCUUUCACUAGGUAAUGUCAUGCAGUAUAGACAUACUUAGUUGUCCAUGUUUUUAGGUUAGGUCAAGUUAAGUAAGUAGUUAGUAAGUAAGUAGUCGUGCAUCUAGCGAUUAAAGCUUUUCCACGUUCUUUUAAAACGUUGUUCUUUGCUUAAACACAACAGGUCCAUGUUUGGGAGACCCUUGCUACCCGUCAGUAGACUGUCACAACGUUGGAAAUGAGUCAUUCGUCUGCGCAUCAUGCCCAGAUGGGUUUGAAGGAGACGGAGAGACGUGCACCGAUAUCAACGAGGUAAGUCGGCAACACUGGACUAAUGCUGGCAGGUUGAUUAAUAUGAGAACGUGAAGCUAUCUCCCACUUAUACACCAUUUGAGAUCUAUCCAGUCACGUACAUUAACACACUGCCCGGCUAUCUGGGUACAUCAAAUUGUUAAAUGAUAUCCCUACCAAAAAUUCUGCGUAUUCUUCACAAAUUAAACUUGAUAUGAAUACCCCCCAGAAAUUAUAUAUCUGCUUUGUUUAGUGUGUCCUGGCAAACCCAUGUUACAAGCCUAAUGAGUGUGUGAACCUUUCUCCGGGGUACCGCUGCGGAGGAUGUCCAAACGGUUACCGCGGCAGUGCUCCAUCAGGAGUGGGCCUUGAGCACGCGCAGAAGUACAAGCAGAAGUGUGAAGAAAUCGACGAGUGUAGCGAAGGAAUUGACACAUGUGAUCCGAACUCAAACUGUAUUAACACAUUGGUAGGUGUGAAAUGAAUGGUAAGGAUUAGCUUUUUAUGAAAAAUUGCGGCCUUUUUCUUUCGAUGAGUUGGCUUCUCACGAGCGGUUAUUCCCGUCCCUCCUUUUAUGUAACAUUUCCUUAGAUAUGUUAACCAUGCAUUCCAUCAACGUAUACGGUAAAUAUGUAAAAGUUGUGUUACGCACACUCAAGAACUGAAUAACAUUAGGAUUGACAUUGGGUUCAGAAAUUUUUUAAGGAACUCAUCGUUUUUCAUCGUGGUGAGGAGAAAAUAUGAAUGGCUAAAAGAAAAACGAUAUUCAACACUAUAAACCUAUUACUACCUAACAUCAGUAUGCAUAUUCUCCAUACUACUCUCUAGACAUUUCCUAGGGUUCUGACAAGGAGAAUUUGUUCAACAAUCAAGAGCUUCUUUAGUUGGUGAUCAUCUCCUUUAUUCUCAUGGCCUUAAUGUUUGACUUAGGGGUGAUGUUGUAAGGAGAAAUUAGAUGUUAGUCACUCUUAGGGGUUUAAGGGUUAAGCUUUUCUAAGGGAAACACCUUUCGCCGAAGAAAAGAUGAGUAACGUGCUCGUUAGAAAUAUAAGAAUCCUCUGUGGUACACGAAGGACCAGUUGUCAACAGAUUUGAACCCACACAAUGAAAAUUGCAGCACGAAAAAAAAUGUUUGAAUGACUUUCUCAGGGUAGUUUCAAAUGCAGCCCAUGUAAACCAGGAUUUAUUGGGGAUGGUUAUCUUGGCUGUUAUCCCGGUGACCUGUGCACCAGCUCGCAACAUACCUGUCAAGCGAAUGCACAGUGUACAUCGACUGGAGCAGGAAGAUACAAGUGUACGGUAUGAAAAUUGCAGAUAUAAAGUUGUUGGAUUAAGGCCAAAUUACGCUCAGUGAAGAGCGUGGAGGUACCGAAACUUUACUGAUAAAAAAAAUGAAACUGUUUUAAGAAAUAAGUGAUCAGAUUUUUCAGUUGCCUCUCUCUGCAUCUUCAUUUUUAUUUAAAAAACGAUGAUUUAUCAAAUUACAACGCUAAACUGGCGAAUUAAUUUUAAAGACUACCAUCCGAAACACAAAACCACCUUAAACUCUAAUGGGGGCUUCAAAAUAUGCCGAUGAACUUGAUAGGAGUUGUAACGAAAUUGAAAAAUGUUAAAGAAUAAUAUUAACAUAUAAAAUUAACAUAAGAUGUACAAUCUUUGAGGCAGCUAUUAGAGGAAGAAUUUGUUAAAGCCAGAAAUGCAGUGAGAUUGAUAAGAGUUAUGGUUUUUCAAAUGUUAAGUUGAGGUUACAAUCUUUGCUUCAUUUUCACGCAGUGUAAAGGAGGUUUCGCAGGUGAUGGAGAAGAGUGUGAGGUCGAUCCCGAUUUGGAUGACAUUCCCGUCAAAGGAUUGAGUUGUACCUUACCUAACUGCAGAAAGGUUUGUUUUUGACUUUAUUUGUUUGAAAUGCUGACAGCGCUAUUUUAAGGUUUUCUGUUAACCCGGUGCCGAUCCCAUCCUUCAAACCAAUCUCGAUCCUUUGAAAGGCAUUCUUCCGUCUUACGUGAAUAAUUUACUUUUUCCAUCGUCUAACCAGAUGAUCCCUUUUUUCAUUGGAUCAGUUAUUUGAUAUCUACCUUGCAGGAUAAUUGUCCAAGUGUACCGAAUACGGGCCAAGAAGACAAUGAUGGUGACACGGACGGUGAUGCUUGUGAUGAAGACGACGAUAACGAUUUGGUUCCUGAUAAUAAGGUUACAAAUGUUACACUGAAUCAAUUUUAAUCUUUUUUACUUAAUCUUAAUACCAGACGCUUUCGACAUUGCCUUUCUUAGCAUUAUGCCAGAAGCUUGCCACACGUGAGUGGCCUUUUCAAUUUCCGUGCCAAGUGAUAAGUUCUCGUCAGUUCCGAUAACGAAAAACCUGAUCGUAAAAUCGGAGGGUCUGAGUAUCCAGAAAUUCGAAUUUUUCGUUGACUUUUGCCUACUUAUGGCAAAUUUCAACAUCUUUCUUUGUUGAACCAUCUUUUUUUUCUUCCAUCAUAGGAUAACUGUGUUUUUGUGGAUAAUCUUGACCAAAUAGACACUGAUAAGGAUGGCGUGGGGGACAAAUGUGAUAACUGUGUGGCUGUUCAUAAUCCAGACCAGACAGACACUGACGGGGAUGGUGAUGGAGACGCGUGUGAUGAUGAUCAAGAUGGAGAUGGUAAAUAUCAACAGGAAUGUUUACUAUGAUAGCAAAGUAAGAACUUGAUGAAAUUGAAAAAGCUCUAUCAAGAGCCGAUCGCUAGCACUCUACUGGUAAUAAGGGGAAAUGCCCGAAUGUUCGAUUAUCAUAACUUUUUACUUUUUUUUGACAAAGAAUGGCUCACAGGGCAGUUAACUCUUAGCUACGGCCUUGAAGUAGGACUAUCGCUUCACAAAAAUUAUCAUAGGAUGUUCAAGUUCAUCGUUUGCAAUCUCUCUACCAUGUAUCUUUGAAGUUUUUCUUUUUCUCUGUUUAUCUUAUUUCUUGGUUAAUUAUUUUCUUAAUUUAUUUUUCCUUUCCUGCUCAGAACUUGAACUUGAGUUCUUGAACUUAAGAGAUAUCAAUUUUAUAAGCUCUCAAAAACUAUAUCUACAUGUUGUGUAUUGGCUCUGAGGUUAGUGGUUCGAAAAGAAAUAAUGGCGCAUUCUUAUCUAUAUCCCACGAAACCAGGAAAAUUGAAUCCAAACGACACGUGCCCCAGGUUAAACGCUAUUGGCGACCAUGUUGAUGAUGAUGGGGACGGUGUGGGUAACCUGUGUGACAACUGCCCAAAAAACUACAACGCUUUGCAGAAUGGAAAGCAGGUAUGCCCAGCAAGACCUUUUGCGGGACACUCAGAUCCCAGGCUAUUGAAAUCGAUUCAUUUUUUAAUGGGAUCAUAAUCAGUAUGCCCACUCUUUCACGUUUUGCGUAAGUCUCCACUGAACGAUAGCUAAGCGGACUUUCUGGGUUAAACUUGUUCUGAAUUACUUAAUCGCUGAUAUUUACAUCUACAUUAUCAAGCCAGCAGAACUCUUUUAUUUUAACAGUAUUCAACCUAUAGAGACGAAUAAACAAUGCAAUUCGUCUCAUUUGCACGCCACAGUAAUACAAGCUGGGUUUGAAGCUCAACUCUUCCCUUAAUAAGAACCGAAAUAUUACGUUGAAUUCUCUGUUUCUUGUGUAAUUUCUUGGUCAUACCUACAUUUUAUGUUGUCAAUGUGUUCUUCGGUCUUUUUCUCUCUCUAUAUUUUGUAGUCUCAAGGUAUAACAAUACUUGUGCUUGAUUUCAUCUCUUAGCCGGACAGUAACGAGAACGGGUACGGAGAUGUCUGCGAUGGACCUGGAAAAGACAAGUAAGAGACUUAAGAAAGACAAAAUAAUAAUGAUAAACGAUACAUGCCCGAUAAACCUCCACCGGAUAUCUAGUGGUGGAGUUGAAGCACAGAAACUAUUAAGUGCUACACGCUUCUUACAUAUAAGGGUUUAUUUUCAGGGAUGGCGAUGGAGUUCUGGACGAGUUUGACAACUGCCCUGAUUUACCAAAUGGCGAACAAGGAGAUGCCGAGGAUGACAAGAUAGGUGAGAACACACAAUACGUUUGAAGAGUUCAAUAUUCUUAUAGCAAAGCGAGGAGCUAAGAAAUUAUUAGGAUUAUUAUUAUCGUGAUCUCCUAAUACUUAUCAUAAAAAAAUGAGAUGCUUGUUCGGAAUAAAUGACUCGCGUGUGUCUGAAUUUCUAAUUCUAGAGGAACGAAUGUAGCUCAUUGUUAUGAAAGGUGAAGAAAAAAAGACUAGCCCGUUUUCAUCGACAGGUUUGAAUUACCAUGCGUGAGUUCUUUUAGAUUAAAAAUGGUGUUCAUAAUUCCUCCGUUCUAAUAAAAAAGGAUUUAUUUUGUUUUCCGCAGUCCCGGCAAAUAGAAUUGACUUGAGCGCAUAUUCGUUUGUGAUUGAUUUUAUGUGAAACUGAUAUUUUUGCAAGGUGACGCAUGUGAUGACGACCAGGAUAAUGAUGGCAUACCUAACAUACGGGAUAACUGUCCCAUGAUCAGUAAUCCUAACCAAGAACAUCACAAGCUAUCUUAUGAUGUCAAAGGUAAGGAACAAAAAGUAGCAAUAGUCGCUGUGCAAGCGAAGCAAGAUGUCGUGAAAUAUCGUGCGACAUGAUAUUUAAAGAAAACACAAGUUUUUAUUAGUUUUAAAAAUCCGGUAGAGGUUGAUGCUAAUACUAAUUUUUUAUGAAAUUUUUGGAUUGACAUUGAUCCAGAGAAGAAACAAUGAAACGAUCGCAUAGUUGUCUAUUUCUUUCGUUUUAGGACUGAUAUAUAUUUACAUAAAAAGCUGAAUCCUAUAUGCAUUGUGAACGGCUUUUAAUUAUGAUCUAUCGGAGGUUAAACUCGUAGAUGACGUCAUGAAAACACUUUGCUCUUUUAUCACAUUAAACAGAUAAAUUCCAUAUUGCCGUGCAUCUGUACGGUAUUAGAUCACAGGAGACGACAAAAUGUGGCAAGAACAUAUUAAUUUAUUGACUGUGCCUCGUGUGCCUAUUUUUGCUCUUACCUCUUCACAUUUUGACGUCAUCUGUGAACCUAUUUGUUAAAUAUACUGUGACCCCUAUGUGACUGGACCAAUUUAUCAAGGAGCUAAAUUAUACACUUAAAAGUCACAGUGAAUUCCUCCAUAUAUGCCAUUUUAUUUUCAGCUCUUCCUGUGGGCGACGCAUGCGUUGAAGAUUAUGACGGCGACGGUGUCCCGGAUGACGAUGACACGUGUCCUCAUGCAAAACAUAUCAGCAAGACAAGCUUCCUCGAUCAUUUCACAGUGGAUUUGUACCCAGGACACAGUGACCCGGUUCCCGAGUGGAGAGUGGCAAAAAUGGUAAAGAAAAAGGGAGACUUAUGAAAGGUCUUGGACGUGAGCUUUUCCCUUUCUUUUCCUCUUCCCUCUUAGAGACUUCCUUAUAUUAAAGGAAAUCACAAAAUGGUACGAAUAAUGAUAAAGCAAAAAGGCAAUCAAAUAGUGAUAAACAUCAAAGGAAAAUGGAUGGCCAAGAAAGAUUCUAAAUUUAAAAAUACGCUUGAAAUAAGGAACUACAAAAGAGGGAAAAUUUCACAGGACGAAAUUGCAAGAAUCCGUAAACGGAAACGUGGCAGAAACAUGUUAAACCGUUCCGGAAACACGACGGAUUUGUCAUUAUUAUUAUCACUAUUAUCACGAUUACAACUAUUGGUAUUAUUAUCGUUGUCACCAUUUUUGGACAAAUGGUCCCCAAUUAACGAUAUUUGAAAGAAAGAAAACAUGACAUAUUCAUAAAAUCAUUUUGUUCCCCUCUUUUUUCUCCUCAGAGAUUUAUGAUUAGUUAGGCGAUGCACAGUAUUCUGCCGGACUGAUGUUGCAGUACAACUUAGAGUUGGAUGAUCUGAGAACUGCAGAAGCUGUAAUUUGGGGCUGUUUUAUGUAAGAACAAUGCUUGGAAGCAUCAUUAAUAUAAGAUUUUAUCCUUAACUUCCAGGGAGUCGAUGUUGAACACCUGACCAACACAAAUCAUCCAGGAAUGCUAAUAUGUAAGUUCCUUAUCUUUCAUAUCUCUUUUGUACAUGGUUUUCUUGCUUGUUUGUUUCUUUGUUCGGUUUUUUUAGGCUUAUAAUGUGUAAAGUUUUGGGAAGUACAAUUUUAGCUUAAGAUUACGUUUUCAUAAUCGAAAUUAUUUUCUAACUUUAUCGCUGGAAUAACUCAGGUUCUACACGUUACGGACCCGUUGAUUACAGUGGAACAAUCUAUGUCAAGGAUCGUGAGGGUUCUGACUAUUUGGGUGUGGUUUUUGGCUAUCAGUCGAAUCGAAAGUUCUAUGUGGUUAUGUGGAGAAGGGAAAACAUUAAUUUUGGCCAAGCUGAUAUCAACGCUGGUAUAAAGGGACUGCAGCUGAAGGUAGGAAGUUAUAUCUUAGAUAUAAAAAUAGUGCAAACUAAUACCAUGACACAACGUAAGACCAUUCCUUCAUUCAAUACAAAUAUAAAGAAGGAAAAACUAGCCGUUGGAUAUUGCUGUUACUGGGUUCUGACUGAUAUCCAGGCAGAUAAAACAUACCAGGGACUGCAAUUGUAGCAGUAAACAAAGACAUUUUCCUUGAAAUUUGAUGCAUAUUUUUGAAGUGUUUUAAUUAAAAAAAAAAAAAGGGAAAAGGACAAUUCCACUCGCAUUUGGUGGAUAUGGGUAGCUAGUGAUAAUUUUUUACCAUUUCAAAUUCAAAGAAAGCUCGUUGGAUAAUUGUUAAAUGCAAGAUAGAAAAAUCGGAAGGUCAGGGAUUCGAAUCCUUUCGGGGACUCGCAUUCCUUCUUAGUCUUACGCACUCGACAUGAUGCUUAGAAUAUUUCUGUGAUUGCUCUGUACCUCACUACGGUUAUUGUUUUUAUGGAUAUGGUGGAACUGUGAAGUGAUUAGAUCUGACUCGAUUUACAAGUCGUCUCUUACACAAAUAGCUUGUAGACUCUAACACUGGACCAGGCCCAGACUUGGCAAAAGCGUUAUGGUACUCAGGCGAUACUCCAAAUCAGGUAAUUGUGAUUUUUUUUCUUAUUCAUGGCAGUAUAGCGCCAGAACCUCCAUACGAAGCGAGAUAAAAAACACAUCAAGUGAAGAGAAUUUGUUCCUCACGUGCUCAUUCUGCCCCGCCAUCGACUAUUCUCCGUCCUUUCGUAAGCAUAAUGUCCCGAGGUUCACCAGUCAAUAUUCGACCGCUGACUUAUGCCACCGCGAUAUUUUUUUGCAUAGAAAGAGAAAAAGCGUGCACGCUGAAUGGCGCUCCAACUAGAACUUGAAAUAAAAUCCUUUCCAGUGUGCAGUUGUUCGUAAUGUCAAAGUGUUCAACUGCACAGUUUUGGCAGUUAAAUGAUCCUGUAAGUACUUCAAACUCCACAGGGACUCCACACAUAGCUCACUAAAUCUAGGGGGCUGCUUAAUAAAAGAUUUAGGCGAAAAAGUUCGCUCGUACGACUCUCGUGGCGUCCCUUGCAUCUUCGAGAAGCUCUUGUGUUUACCAAAACACCUCUGUUGCAUUUCAAAAGCGCAGUAACGAUCCUCUAGGCGUAUCAAACUCCAAUGAGGAAAGACAGCUUCACUGCAUUUGAUCAAGCCCGUAAACACGAUGCAAGCCAAGGCCAAACACCAUGCGCUCUGCUGCUGAUCUUUUUAUACCUUGCGCACGCACAAUAAACGGUAGAGGGCGAUUUGCAACUGGAAGAAGAGAAACCCUUCCCAUUUCAGUACUCUGGCUCUCCAAUGGAAUUGCACUUUUUUUUUUCAGGUUACUCUGUUAUGGGACGAUCCACUUAUGAAAGGAUGGCAGCAUCAGACUCCAUAUGGCUUCCUCGUAACUCACAGACCAUCCAUUGGUCUGAUAAGGUACAUGUGGAUACUUUUUGCAUGGCUUCUGAAAAACAGCAAUACAUAAAAAAGCCAGGCAUAUCACUUCAGCAUAAAAAAGCCAUGAAUUUUGAAAAUAUUUUGUUGCAAUUUGGGAUAAGUAAUUCAAGUCUUCAGAGUCAUCAGAGUCAUAACCAUUGUUAACCCCUCUCUUCAGAGUUCAGAUAAAACAAGGAGACAAGAUUUUAACUGAUUCUGGAAACAUCUAUAACACAGUCCUGACCGGUGGGAGACUGGGCAUGUUUGUGUUUGGUCAACAUGACGUCAUCUGGUCCAGACUUGAAGCUCGUUGUUCAGACAGGUAAAAUGACGUGACAGGUUGAAUAACAUGAUUGGUGUAUGCGUUGAUAUGCUCAGAUUACCAUCUUAUGCUUGCUCUACUCGGGAGAGUUUUCUUUGUUCAAAGUACUGUCAACCUGUGUCUUUCAUAUCUUUGUAUAAGAAUGAACACUAUCUAAAGCGUUACUGCCAGAAUUAUUUUUUCUUUAUUGCUUAACGUAACUUGCACGUUUUCCUUCAAUUGCAAAUGAGUCACAAAUGAAUCUACACUGAGUGCCUGCGCGCCUUAACUCAGUUUUCCCCUCGAUUCCUGAUCCUUUCGUCAUUUUUUUCUCAUGGAUGUCGCAUUUGUAUAAUUUCGUCAGAACUUAACCAUUCUUUAUUUUGUUGCAGAAUAAACCAAGCCUUGAUGUUUGACGGUGUCGACGAUCACGUGACUCUACCAUCCAUUCAUACUUUAGGUUUAACAGAUAGGUAUUUAUUUCAAGUAUAAACAAUUUUCACCCACUGUUUUGCACUAUUUUCUAGUACUAUAAACUUAGGAUACCAAAAGUAGUCCUAUUCCUUUUCAGCUUCACGAUCAGUGUGUGGGUAAACAUGGCGGCGGACUACCCCAUGACUGUCAUGCCUAUCGUUUGCAGUGAUGAAGGAAUGCUUUGCCUAUACCUUAGAAACAGGUUAAGAUUGAAAUUGAAAGAUCUCGUUAAUUAUUAAUUAUCCAGUUAUCUAUUCAGAAAUCCUCGAUACAUGGCCAAGUGGAUUAUUUCAAAAUACACUCAUGGCCAGAGGAAAAUGAUUUUUUGUCAUUGAUCCGGGAAAUGAACUUUUCUCCGUCUUUGACUUUUUUGUUCGUUUAAAACAUCAAGAAAUCGCAGGAUUCCCAAACUUGAAUAUCAGAGUAAGGCAUCGUGAAUACCUAAUGCAUCACCUAUCCCUGAUGUCUGUUAUCACUGUAGACUUUGAUUCUUUUUUGUUUGCAUUGUUUUUUAAGACUCAUUCAUGGAAACUUAGGAAAAUCUACCGUGGAAGGAAGUGAAGUUAUAGAACCAGAGGAAUGGCAUCAUCUUGUGUUUCGAUUUGAUGCGCAACGUAUGUUUGAUUCAUUUGCCGGUUUUUUCUUUCUCUCUCUUUUGAUAGCCUCUUGGACGAUAUCAGUACUUUUAAGUAAAAUCACGUCGUACAUUAAAAGCGCACCCGCUAAAACACAUACACAUUACUUUAUCUUGUUCCAGGACACGAGAUUGAAGUAUUUGUAAAUGGAUCAUCGGUUGGUAAAAAGACUGAUACUACUCCGCACAGCUGGGUAAGAGAUGAAAUAACUCGUUUUAUUCGGACUUUCUGUCAUUUUACAAUCCAAGAACCUUUCACUAAACUGUAUUCUGUUUUUUUGUUGUUUUUUUUUCUAGUCUCCCGAUAUUAAGCUUUCUAUUGGACGCGAUCAGAAACACUUCUUAAAUGGAACAAUUGACGAUGUAAGUAAUAAUUAAGAAUUGGUUCGUAUGUCAGCGUGCUUUCAUUGUGUUAUGAAGCAUGCGGGAAACAUAGAGAGCCCAAAAGAUGCGAAGCGAAGAAACCCGAUGUGAGAACAUUUUUUCGAUUAACGUUAUAAUCGUGAUCAGUUUUCCAUCGCAAUGCUCAAAGCCAUUACGAAAAAAGGAUAAAACUAAAAAUAAAUUUGUGUAUGAUCAAAUCUCCGUUCAUUUCUUUCUGUCAGACGUAUCCAUGACAAAAGUGUCGCGAACUGAAGUGUUCACUACGGCAAAGAUCACUCAUAUCCAGUGUAUCGAAUGUAGUUUUGUGGCUGUGAUUAAAAGAUUUAAUUUAAAAGAUUAGCUUAACUGGAACAUCCUUCCCAAAUUCUUUUCUUGGAAGGCUUUACUUCUGAGGAUCUUGUAGAUCUCUCUCUUCAAGAACACUUUAAGAGGGUUGCAAUGUGUGAGGUGAUUUAAGAAUGUAGCAUUUUUUACCCUUUAAGCUCUCUUUGUUCACUAUAUAAUACCCACACAUUGAUUUGGAUGUAUUCUCAGUUAACCCUUUGGGGAGUACGAGUCCCUGAUGAUGAGAUCAUAGAGUACAUGAAGCUUGCGGGAUUGACUUGGCCUAUUCACAAGGGACUGGUACGGGCCCACUUCAAUAUGGAGGAUAUUUCUGGUUCGAUUAUCUUAGAUCAGGGAGGCAAUGGUUUCCAUGGUAACCUUGUUGGGAAGCCCUUGUUUGUUCCGGUUAGUUAAUAAUGGCUAUCGAUGUUACUAGAUUUAUCGAUCUUUGUAUCACAUCUGGAAUUACUCCAACUAGUUUCAGGCCAUCGUUAUUAGAUGCAAAUUGUGGGUACUCUUUACUAGCUCUCCGUCAAAAUUCUGUGUCCGAACAAACUCUAUCAGAAUAUGACGUCAUCAUUAAAUUUGAAAACGAUCUUGUUCAAAAUUAGAGAAGAUUGGGCUCGAACUGGCUAACCGUUCUUCGCAAAACUCGCUUUUCUGAGUUUAAGAAGGACAAAAUUCAACUUCCACGCACGGACUUUAAAAGAAUAAUGAUGUACCUUCAAUUUGCACUGAUAAUGAGGGAGAUUUAAGAAGCAGAAGGGUUAUCCUUUUGCACUUGAGAUUGCACAAGGAGAAAGGGCGUAAAAACUCGUCCAAUAAAAAUCAACCAGUGAAUGCUUCGCCGCUAAUAUUACAGAUCUACAUUUUUUCGCUACUGCAAGAAAAUGUCUCAAGAACUGUAUGCAUUCUGCCACAUGCAAAUUCUCUUUGAUGCUGUACUAACGUUGGCAGUUUCCUAACGAAACUAUAUUGGUUACCUAACAGAAAACAAAACUGAUAGAUAACUUUAGUUUUCAAGAAAAAAAAAAGCUUUUUGUUUUCUUUCAGCAACUUAACCAGCUGUUUAAAGAUAAAAUAUUCGAUUUAAAAAAUUCACAGGGAGUGAAAAAUAUUCUGCAAUUCAGUGCAGAAUAUUUUUCUUCUAUGUCGUGAUAGAUGUUUAAGUCUACCUGUUUGAAUUUUCAUUGUUUACCUGUUUCUCGGUUAUUGGCCGUUUGAAUGCCUUUUUGUUUGUAUGAUCGUUUCUUUAUUUUUUUGUUUUAUUACAGAGCACCGUGGAUAAAAAUCGAUUUGUGAUUUCCUUUCCAAACAAUCGACGAAGAAGAAGCAUCAGGAGUCCAUUCAUCACUACUUGGGCGAGGAGACACUCGGAACUUUGAUUUUUUCGUGUUAACUAAGGGCGACUUAUAUGAUAUGCAGACCUAACCGUAUCCAACAACUUCCUGAGUCCUUGAAAGAAGUAAUUUAAGGGCCAACUCAUGUGCUGACGAUAUAUUUAUUCAAGAGAAACAACAAUGCUAAGAAUGUCUCAGUGAUUUAAUGAAAAACAGACCCUCACUGAGCAUGACAAAAAAUGUUAAACUUUCACCGAGAAUGUUGUUUUAAUAUCUUUUGAGGACUAUUUAUUUUAUCUUGCCUGUUUACUUUUUAAAAUCGGCACGUCUGAGUCUGUGUAAAUCGAGUUAGACAUGGGAGGGAGGGGGUACUUUGGAGGUCACAAGAGAAGCGUAAGCUUUUCUGAAGUUUUAUAUGAUAUCCGAGUUGCGUUCAAUACUCAAAAGCGUGAUAUAAUUUCUUUUGAAAUAAACCAGCAUCGACUUGGUUCUGGAAACGUGUUUUAUUUCUAAUUGAGAACAACCUUUUAGUGAUGCACAGUGG